GAUCUGCCUAUACAAAUUCAUGAGCUUGGAUUGAUGCGAUGAUGCUACCUUGAUGGCCCAGGUCAUAGUUAUUGAUCGAUCCCAAAGCAUCGCAAUUCCAAAAAUCCCAUCAGUGAUCAAGAUGUGCAUGAAAGUUGAAGCGAGGCGUAGGGCUGGCUCUUGUACGCAAGGAUUAGUGGCCGAUAAGGCCGGGCUCGGCAGCCCCGCGCUCCUCAAUAUGCGCGUUACCACACUCCAUUCCUCAAAACAGCAUCAAUACUACAUUAUUUUACUAUAUUUGUGAACAUGCAAUUGUUCUAAACAUGUCAAAGAAGCGUCUUAGACAUCGGUUCAAUACCCCACCUCGCGAGCUGGUGCUGUUAGAGGAGGAUAAACCCGCCCAACUGCACACACCUCAGCGCUCAGCUAUCAUCUCAUCCCUCUACUUCUGUGAGCAAACGGGGUACCCUGCGAGUCGUGAGGAUAUCCACAAGGUGUUUGGAUAUGCUGAAAGAACUGUUACAAACAUCAUUGCUACUGGCAGAUGCUGCCGUCUUGAGAAUGCGGACCUUCCUGAUACCCGUGGAGGCCCUCGUUUGAUGACCAACUCUGAUGCCAAUGCUAUUGCAUCAUACUUAGACAACUGUCCAUUUGAAGAGAAGGGAUUACCUUGGCAGGAUCUUGCUGACAAGGCUGGUGUUGCGAAGAGAAGAGUAUACUCUCUAUCAAGACUGUGAUUCUUCACACAAGAGUGCUCGCACCUUGAAGUGGUUGGAUCAUAAUGGAAUUCCAUACAUUAUAGCACCCCUCA